GCUUCCAGUGGUUGUUACCUUGCUUGGAGCUUGUCUAGCGGAGCUGAGCAAUGGUUGAUCUCAUCCAUCACCCAUCUUCAACGUUUCGCUAUCUUUCCCAUCUUACCAUAAAACCCAACAUCUCCCACGUAUUAUCUUUCAUUUUACUCCCUUGACAUUCUUUCGGGCAAACCUAUAUGGGGCACCAUACCAACCCAGAGUAUCCGUAGCUUCUAAACGAUAUCGGAACCUUGCCGUGGAGUCUACAUUCUACCGGUUGUCGCUUCGAAACCGUUGCACAACUACAGCACGGUCUGGUAUGGUCUACAGGUGUUACACACCCGUCAGUUUCUGUGUCUUUGAACCCCUGCUCGACUACACUAGCUUGGUCGCCUAAAGUUAGAUCGAAACAGCUCGAUUUUGGUCAAUUCUGUUGCACAUGCGCGCACACGAGCACAUCCCUCACUCUCAGCGCCAAUCCCUGGAUAUCAUCCGCAGCCAGCGUCUCGUCAUCAUCGUUCGUGUGCACCCCAAAUAACCAACUGGGUUAAUCGACUAUUCACCAACCGCAGACACAACAUCCCACGCUCACGAAUUGAGAGGGGGAAUCAGCAGGCACGCGAUCGCAGCUUUCGUCACUCGUUGAACCUCCCUCAACAAACUCACACGCCCCCUCCAUUCUCCAUCUCCAAGGCUUGGGAGUCUGCCCCUCUCUCCGUCUUCCUCCCGCUCGAGGGACGUACGGUACCUACGUGUGGUAAUUACCUACCGUACCUCACGCAACGACUUGCCCGUCUUGGAUAGCAUUACUCGCGCCUCGUGGGUAUUUUAAACUCCUCGUUGUGGCCCGUGAGAAAGGUCCGGCGCCCCUCAUCCGCCAUACACCACCGUCGUCCUUCCGUCUCCGGCAAUACAUCAUCAGAGCAUCUCACCUAUUACCAACAGCCCUUUGAGGAACACGACUCCAGUCGUGCAGUGCAGGUUCAAGGUUUACAAUGGAACCCAGCGGCAUGCACAUCCCUGAAGAUGCGUCGUUGCAGUACGAAUAUAUAACCCCAAUUGGAUACUUCAAAUCAUCAAGAUGCGGUUACUGUGGGAAACGUGACAAGAGUCAGUCAAAACGUGAAUUGAGCCCCUGCACCUCCAGUACCUUUUGACCACCCCAAGACUCGCAUACAUUUACGUCACGAGACACUCGUGAUUACACGGCCGUGUCAUCGAUGGUUGUUCUGAAGUUCAGAUCAAUCACUUCAUAUAAGCCCUUGAGUCACACGGUCUCCUGAACGUAAGGCUAACUAGUACGUGGGGUUAUAGGCUACGCUUACCACGCAGUGACAACUUCUUUGAGUCCUGCGUUCUACCAAACUCUCCUUGAUAGAUAUUGGAGACGUUCAGGCACUCUCAUGUACCGACCCGAUCAACGUCGGUCAUGUUGCCCACACUAUACUAUUCGUCUUGAUUCUAGCCAGUUUAAGCCAUCCAGAGAUCAACGACAGACCGUCAACCGUUUCAAUAAGUAUGUCAUGGGAGAGGCUUACAUGAAAGAGGCGGCUCGCCUGUAUCCCAAAUCGCGUGAUCAGGCCAAGAAACGGGAUAACCAUUUUGAUCUCGUCGAACGAAUCCAUGAGGCUGAAGAGGCUAACCUGAAGAACCCUCCUGAGGCUGCCCAUAAACUCGUCGUGACUUUAGAGCAUGACGAUUGUACGGACGAGAAGUUUGCUGUUUACCAGAACUACCAGGCGGUAGUUCACAAGGAGUCUCCGGAUGAAAUUACCAAGAGCGGAUUUAGACGCUUCCUUUGUGACUCACCUUUGAGGAGAGAAACAAUGGUGACAUCCGAUGGGCGUAAACGUCGCCUGGGCUCGUAUCACCAAUGUUACAGGCUAGAUGGUAAGCUAGUUGCCAUUGGAGUGCUUGACCUUUUGCCCGAGUGUGUAAGCUCAGUAUACUUUCUUUAUCAUGAAAGUAUUCACCAGCAUGCGCCAGGGAAGCUUGGUGCACUGUAUGAGAUUGCCUUAUCCAUCGAGGAGGGCUAUGGCUGGUGGUACCCAGGCUAUUAUAUACACAGUUGCCCCAAGAUGUGGUACAAGAUUGAUUACUCACCUCAGUAUGUUCUUGACCCUGUCUCAUUGACAUGGGACCCGCUGGAUCGAACUGUGUUGGAUCUCCUCGACAAAAAGCCGUACGUGAGCCUUUCGCUUGAAAAGGAACCGGCCUCUCGCGAGAUCGAACAAGGUUCUGCGUCACCUGCCAAGGAUACAAACGAGAGUGACAAAGCGGAGGACAAAGGUUCCGACUCUGCAGCAUACGAUGAAGAUGACAACAACUGGUUGUUUGCUACUGGGAUGCCGGGCAUACCUCCGAUAUCCACGGUCGCUGACUGGGAUAUGGAUCAUAUCGCUUUGAAGAUUUCCCCAAGAGCCCCAUUAUACGAAACCUCAGACCUUGUCAGCUGGGAUGAACAAAGGGUCGAGGAAUAUCCGGGAAUGAGAGCUGGUGUUGCUGAGCUCAUCGCAGCAAUUGGCCCUGACUUGAUGGACCGGGUUUGCCUGGACUUUUCCCGGAGACACUAAGCGAAGAAUUCACGACUGGGACGCCAAUGGGAACUAUAAGUGUCAAGAAACGAUUUCUGUUCAUAUCUUGUAGGCCAAAUCUUGAGAAUCAGCUCACAACUCGAUACAUUUCACCGCUCAACAUAUUUGUACCUUUAAUGAAAGAAUAUUUCAAUGAAAGAAAACAUUCCAUUUACAAACUCUGAAGAAUGAAUGGAUGUCUCGAUAUCCUA